UCCUUCCGACCCCCCUGCUGCCCCUCCGCAUUUCUCUUUGCUAACUGUUGACCAAAGAGAAUCCCACAACCCUUCCAUACGAGUACGGAGCACCCUCGAGCUAUCGUCACGACUCUUCUCCUCUCGUCAUCGAUUCGCUCUUGCCCCAUCGAACAUCAUUCCCCCCCAGAUCUCGUAAUCGGCUCGGCAUUGCCAUUCGGGCCCGUCUGCGUCUUUGUUCGAAGCCUUCCAAGGGCCCGACCUGUUGGCUGUUCUCCAUCAUGGCGCAUUUUCACCGCCGGCGGCAUUCUUUUAUUGUAAAUCAACAUAUUCUAUUAUCCUUCCGACUUCCUGGCACGCCUGGUCAACGGGCGCAAGAGCUAGCCACCUGAGACCCUUGGUAUUGGUUGUUCGGCUUAACAAGGCCCUCGCUUUUCUCUCGGUGGGUCGGACUUAAAAGGCCUUGACCGUCUCAGUGCAAACCUCAUACAAGAAUAUCGCAUACAAAUAUUGACCCAUUACUCACCACUACCACUCCGCCUGUAUCGACAUAUUCCCACAGUCCGACCAAUUCACAGUCCUUACUUUCCUUGAGAUAUUCAGAUCUCACAGCCAAUAUCAUUGCCUUGAUUCACCAUGACGACGGACCCCGAAAAGAAAGUCGAGGCGGCCGCCGAAUACCUCGAGCCUGAAGGUGGUGCUCCGCCGGGCGCAAUUGCACCUCCAGAGAAGGCCGCCGUACAGGAUGAUGCCCCUUCACCUGCGUCAUCCAGCAUCCCAGCAUCAGAGAAGUUUCCUGACCCGGCAAAUGGUGUCGCCGUGGGAACGCCGCCCGACAAUGGAUCACCGGUCGAGGAAUUAGCUCUCGAAAAGCCCGCGCUGGACAGAACAAGAUCCAGAGCCUCCGAGUUUUCCAAAAGCCGAACUGUCAUUAUCAUGUUCUCCCUGUGCAUGGCCCUGUUUCUGGCUGCUCUGGACGUCACCAUCAUCACCACAGCUUUACCUACUAUUGCUCAGCAUUUUCAAGCCUCGGCGUCAGACUACACCUGGGUUGGAAGUGCAUAUCUACUUGCAAACGCGGCAAGCGUGCCUCUGUGGGGCAAACUCUCUGAUAUCUGGGGUCGCAAACCUAUCAUCAUGCUGGCCAAUGGGAUCUUCAUGGCCGGAAGUCUGGUCGCCGCGUUGAGCAACUCGAUCGGUCUGCUCAUUGGGGGACGGGUGAUUCAAGGCAUUGGCGGAGGCGGCCUCGUAACACUGGUCUACAUCUGUAUCAGCGACCUAUUCAGUAUGAGAGAAAGACCCAAGUACUUUGGCAUCUUGGGUAUGAUAUGGGCCAUUGCCUCCGGAGUCGGUCCUGUUGUGGGCGGCGCUUUCACCGAGGGUGUCUCUUGGAGAUGGUGUUUUUACAUCAAUUUACCCCUGGACGGUCUUUCGUUGAUCCUGCUCACCUUCUUCCUCAAGCUGGACACUCCCACGACACCGUUUUGGGCUGGAGUCAAGGCCAUCGAUUGGAUUGGUGUCGUCACCAUUGUCGGUGGAGUUGUCAUGUUCCUGUUUGGCAUGACCUCAGGAGGCACGACGAGGCCCUGGGACAGUGCCUAUACCUUAUGCCUCAUUAUCUUCGGCAUCGUCACCAUUGUCCUGUUCUUCCUAAACGAGUGGAAGCUGGCGAAAUACCCCGUCAUCCCCCUCCGACUCUUCAAGAACCGAUCCAAUCUUGCAGCGUUGGGAGUGUGCUUCAUCCACGGCUUCGUCUUCAUUGCUGGGAGCUACUAUCUCCCCUUUUACUUUCAGACCGUGAUUGGCGCUAGCCCGCUUCUCUCCGGAGUGUAUCUGCUUACAAUGGUCCUCACGUUAUCCUUUGUCUCGACAGCCACAGGCCUUUAUGUCAAGAAGACAGGUCGAUUCCGGGACCCAAUCUGGUUUGGCCUCUGCGUAAUGACUCUUGGUUACGGACUGUUCAUCGACUUGCCAUCCAACAAGGACUGGGCCAAGAUCAUCAUCUAUCAGAUCAUUGCAGGUAUUGGUGUGGGCCCGAAUUUCCAAUCCCCAUUGAUUGCGUUACAAGCCCACAUCAAGGGUCACGACAUGGCUGUAGCAACAGCGACAUUCGGCUUCAUUCGCAACCUCUCAACUUCGAUCUCGGUGGUGUUGGGCGGUGUCGUCUUCACCAAUGAACUCUCCAAGAAGUAUGAUGGCCUAGUCCCCGUCAUAGGAUCACAGCGCGCGAGACUUCUGACCUCCUCCUCCUUCGGCGCGACCACUUCCAUCGUGCGCACCCUUCACGGACCCGCUCGUCACGCUGUCGACAAAGCAUACACCGACUCAUUGAGGACGAUGUGGAUCUUCUACACAUGUUUUGCGGCGUUUGGGAUCGUGGUGAGCCUGUUCAUCAAGAAGAAGGAGCUCAGCAGCACCCACGAGAAGGCAAGAACCGGGAUCGAAGAGCAAGAGAGGGUGAGACAGGAACUAUUGCGCGAGAGAGAGGAGAAGCAAAGGAGUAGGAGGGCUACAUUAGAGAGGGAUAUCGAAAAAGCGACUCCAGCAACCGCGGCUUCAGCAGGAGCGGGAGCAGGACAGCAAGACUGAGAAAACAUACAAACCGCUGCACAAAAAUGGUUUGAAAAAGAUUGCAUGGGGCAUUGGACACCUUGGCCAUUUUGCUUUUGUAUCCUCGGGCUUUUGGACCCUUUAGCCGGGCAUAGCAGGCGGCGUUGUCUUUUGCAUGGAUACCUACGUACGCAGCUACCUGCAUACCAGCCUCCAUAUCAGGGGUACAUGGCGUGGCGUUUACUUGUCCGUGACUAGCGGAAUCGAUCGUAUAGCGUAAAGGAAAGGGCACGACACCAAACCCCUCCUCCACCAACUUUUUGGUUUUUCCCUCCCUUUUUUUCAGUCGACUCCUGAGACAAAAGUCAGAAAAGUCAAGGACCGGGUAGCGUCUUCCCGUCAUGACCUCUCUUUUGUACCGUACAAG